AUGGCAUUUAGCACCGUGACCUUUGAACGCUUCCACAGGCUGGCCCAAGAGCAGAGACAGCGCUUGGGUCAUCUGCUGGACAAGCACUUCACAAGACUUUUGGACCCAUCCCAGAGGAAAAAACCGAGAUUUUCCAAGAGAGAUGCCCAGCUUGAGUUUGAGUGGAAGACUUUUUUUAAUAUUUACUAUUUUGCCAUCCUGGAGGUGAACGGGAACCUGAGCUGUAGGUGUGCCAAGACAACCUCGGAAUACAUCAGUCCCAAGAAAUACGAGAGCAUUGAGAUAAGGCCCGUGGGCAGCAGCUGCAGGCGCACGGAGAUCAUCAUUAAGUUAAGAACCUCGGGGAAGGUGUGUGUGAAUCCCGAAGCCCCCUGGGUGAAGAAGCUGCUGAAGCGCAUUGCCAGCACGAAGAAAAAAUAGGUUUCCUGUUAAGGAAGUUGGUGCUCAGAGCCGAGGCAGGUUGGCAGAUGAUGCCCAGGUGUGCAGACCUGGCUGCUCCUCACUUGGCCCUGUCUUCCUCCCCUUCCCAAAAGCUCCACGUCUGGCUCUGGUGGCAGUGGCUGUGGGGAGGGUGCCUCACUGCUCCCCCAGCCCUGUGGCAGGUUUGUGGGGGGAUUCUCCCCUGCUCUUGGUCCCUGGAGCAGUGUGAAUAUGAAUCCUUCGUUUAUGUACUUGCCUGUGGACUGUGAAACUGUUCCCUGUCAGGGGCUGCUCCUGCUUCUUUAGGAAUGACUUUGUGACUUUUUCCAUGUGAAGUGCUCGGCAACAGAGUGUGUGUCUGAGGGUUGUGUGGCACAAUGUGACUUGUCUUGUUCCGGAAGCUCAAGUCCAAUAAAAUUCGGGAUUUUUCUUUCUGUUGUAUUUUCCCUGGAUCUCUUAGCUUUGAAGCUAUGUUUGACAUAGAAUCGUAGGACAGCUUGGAUUAGAAGUGACCUCAAAGCCCAUCCAGUCCCACUCCC